AGGUAAAAUAAAAAAUAAAGAUAAAGAUUCCAAUUUUCGGCUUCUGGUUUUUAUGACUGUUGUCGAAGGGCUCGUUCUUGCUCGCUCCUUCUCUCCUAGUAUCUCAGAAGCGAGGAUAUUUCCCCCCUUGCUGGAGCUGAUUAGGAAGCCGUUACUAUUAAUAUAUUCCUCCCUUCCGUCCUGCUCUUAAUAUUAGAUAUCUUCCAUUGUUGAAUAUCGAAACCUUCGCAUAUGCAAUAGUGUUGUAGGGACAUAUAGACAUAGACAAAAUCCGCACUCUUUACCUCUGUUUUCUUUCUUUCUUUCUUUUUCUCUUCUUUUAUCAUCGCCCCGUUUUGCUGCAGCGGUCAGACAGACAAUACAAUUCCACCAGCCUCGGGCCCUUUUGGAUAGAAAAUUCAUAUCAACAGCCCAGGGAGCCGCUCCCCUACGUUGCGCGUUCGAUUGACCAUUUUCGUGUGCGCCCUUUGGUUCUCUCUUUCAAUAGACAUUCCUUUUAAGAUUCCCCCACAAGCAUAAUUAAUAUAAGCAUUAGUAUAACACCUCAGAGGAGGAGUAAUCCUGAAUCGAUAUCGUUAUCCUCAAGAAGAAAAGUCGAGUUCCUAAGCUCAUGUACCGGGACGCGAUCAUUUAUUAAUUUGCACCUGAGUCGCCUUGUUUGGCCUUGAAAAAGCAUCCAGACUUUUCGUCCAGGGACAAAGAGUCUUGUCCGAAAUAGUCCAAGUCCUUGACGAUUCUUUCCACGCAGUCCGAUAUUGAUGAAUAUAAAGCGGUAACAGACCAGUCAUUCAAACCCUCAGGAGUCUCGAGAGGAUGGAGAAAUCCCACCCAGACAUUAGUCCCCCAACGGACCUCGAAAAAGCGCCCGGCCCCAAUAUUGCGUCACAGGCCUUCUCUAGUCCCGAGUACGAUGACGACCUUCCAAUUACGUGCGUCUCGCCCAGGCUAUCCCCCACGCAGACUGUCGCAGGUCCGAUCUAUCAAGAGGGUGUGUUAGAGAAGACACUUUCGCUCGUUCGGACAAAAGACUCCGGAAUGGAUCCUGGCCCCCCACCUGACGGAGGCUUCAAUGCCUGGCUCCAAGCGGGUUUGAGCCAUCUGGUCAUUUGCAAUACCUGGGGGUAUAUCAAUAGCUUCGGUGUGUUCCAACAACACUACACGACAUCCCUGCAGCGGGUGCCAUCAGAUAUAUCUUGGGUGGGAAGCAUUCAGAUAUUCCUUCUCUUCUUCAUCGGAACCUUCUCAGGCCGUGCAACCGACGCUGGAUAUUUCAAGGUUGUGUGGACGGCAGGCGCGACAAUUCUAAUUAUUGGAAUCUUCAUGACUUCACUAACCACGACAUAUUGGCAACUUUUCCUUUCCCAAGGGCUGUGCAUGGGUCUCGGGUGCGGGCUGCUUUUCUGCCCUACAAUAGCAUUAAUGCCAACAUAUUUCACUUCCAAGCGAGCAAUUGCUCUGGCAAUCGGUGCCACCGGCUCUGCGACUGGAGGCCUCAUUUUCCCCGCAAUCGUAUUGUCAUUGCUCCCUCGCAUCGGAUAUGCCUGGACGAUCCGAGUUUUGGGCUUCUUCACUCUCGCCACGUUGACUCCCUGCUUCAUAUGGCUGCGACCACGAAUCCCACCUCGAAAGAGCGGGCCAUUUUUCGACUGGUCUGCCUUUAAGGAGACGAAGUACUCUUUGUUUGCAAUUGCUAUGUUCCUCAAUUUCUGGGGACUAUACGUUGCAUUUUUCUACCUCAGUAGCUUUGGCCGCAAUGUCAUCGGCCUUUCACGAGAGAAGUCGAUAGAUCUUUUGUUAAUGCUGAACGGCGUCGGAUUUAUUGGCCGACUUAUACCGAAUUUCGUAUCAGACUACUAUACAGGGCCAUUCAAUGCUCUAAUCCCGUUUAGCCUUAUCUCAAGUAUCUUGAUAUUCGGCUGGACAGGGAUUAAAGACAUCAACGGGGUGGAUGCAUUCUCCGUUUUAUAUGGAUUCUUCGCAGCAGGAAUCCAGUCAUUGUUUCCUGCAAGCUUGUCAUCUUUGUCCCCUGAUCUGAAAAAGACCGGUAUCCGAUUCGGUAUGAUUCUAAGUGUUGUGAGCUUCGCUUCAUUAACGGGAUCGCCAAUUGCAGGGGCUUUAAUUCAAAUGAAUAAUGGCGACUAUUUGUAUGCACAAAUUUUUGGCGGCGCUUCGAUGCUUGUAGGGGCCACGGUAUUGAUUUGUGCAAGGCUUUCAGUUACGGGACCAGUAUUGCUGGCGAAGGUCUGAGGAAUAUUAGUCGAUUCUUUCAUUGUGAGAAAUAAUGUGUUUCACGUAUAGGAUUAGACAGAGUUCUCUUUUAUUGUUUCAUUCGCACACACAAAACCAUGUUUGCAGUUCACUUUUUCAAGUACGACGGCGGUGUAAAUUGUUUCCAUUUCCCUAUGCCCUUUUGCUGUUUCGUGGCUCAAAUCUUUGUUUAUAAUAAAACACGAGAUGUUUAUAUGUUUGAUAUGAGCAUUGAGCGAGGGACUAGAUAGAUACGGCGUUCGUGAAGUAAAAUAGAAAAAUGAAUUGAAACAUGGUGUUCAGAGGAAGGUGACAACAGAGCAAGCUCAUAGAAAGCUGCAAAUCUCCGUCCUCCAUUUCACGCUCAGACACGUUCGUUCUUCUUGACACUUUGUGGUGAAGUCGUGAAAAGAUCUACAGAGUACAAAAGUAAGUAACUAUAUGGGAAUAAGACGAACGAGGUAGGAGGUCACAUGCGCGCGCGUCUUGCUGAGUCAGAAUGGUGCUGAUGUUUGGC